CCUUGUUAUCUUCAAAAUUGUCUCUUUCUCUCACGGAGGAAGAAGAUGAUGAUGUUGCAGCUUCAAUCCUCUUUGCAGAACAAUAACGUUUCUCUUUCUCUUUCAUCUUCCCUAUGCUAUUCUCCACCAUUUCCCUUCAAACUUUCCACUCUCACAACACAAAGGGUGUGUUUUGAGAGACUCUCUGUGACCUGUUCCAUCUCAAAGAUCCACAGUUAUGGAACGUUGGACUAUGAGCGCAGACCCAUUCUCAAAUGGAACGAUUUACACAGAAGGAUAUCGUUGGCGCAAAACCCAGAACUUGGUUCUGCCACUGUGUUGAAUCAGUGGGAGAAUGAAGGAAAGCACCUCACAAAAUGGGAGCUUUGCAGAGUUGUCAAAGAGUUGAGGAAGUACAAGAGAUUUCAAAGAGCCCUUGAGGUAUAUGAUUGGAUGAUCAAUAGACCAGAGAGGUUUAGAAUAUCUGCGAGUGACGCAGCGAUUCAGUUAGAUUUAACUGCCAAAGUUCAUGGAGUUUCUAGUGCAGAAGAAUUUUUUCUUAGACUGAAUGAUAAGUUAAAAGAGAAGAGGACAUAUGGUGCCCUUUUGAAUGUAUACGUGCAUUCUAGAUUGAAGGAAAAAGCAGAAUCUCUACUUGAGACAAUGAGGAGUAAAGGGUAUGUAAUACAUUCACUACCAUUUAAUUUGAUGAUGACUCUUUACAUGAACCAUAAGGAAUAUGAUAAAGUUGAUAUGCUGGUUUCAGAAAUGAUAGAAAAAAACGUACAGCUAGAUAUCUAUUCAUAUAAUAUCUGGUUAUCUUCUUGUGGAUCUCAAGGAUCAACAGAAAAGAUGGAACAAGUGUUUGAACAGAUGGCGAAGGAUCCUAACAUUGUCCCUAACUGGACUACAUUCAGCACAAUGGCUACAAUGUACAUUAAGAUGAAUCUGUUUGAAAAAGCAGAAGGGUGCUUAAGGAAGGUUGAGAGUAGAAUUAAAGGUCGAGAUAGAAUACCUUUUCACUAUCUCCUGAGUUUAUAUGGAAGUGUUGGAAAUAAAGACGAAGUUUAUCGUGUGUGGAAAACUUAUAAAUCAAUUUUUCCCAGCAUACCAAACUUGGGAUACCAUGCUAUUAUUUCAUCUCUGGUUAGAAAUGAUGAUAUUGAGGGUGCAGAAAAGCUUUAUGAGGAAUGGCUUUCAGUAAAGUCAUCUUAUGAUCCUAGAAUAGGAAACCUUUUCGUAGGCUGGUAUGUGAAGAAAGGCAAUACAGACAAAGCUUUGGAUUUCUUCAAGCAGAUGACUGAAAAUGGUGGAAUUCCAAAUUCAAGUACAUGGGAGUUUCUUUCUGAGGGCCAUAUUGGAGAUGAGAGUAUUUCUGAGGCUCUCUCCUGCUUGAAAGAAGCUUUUAUAGCUGAUGGUUCAAAGAGUAGUUGGAGACCAAAGCCCUUAAACUUGUCUGCAUUCUUUAAGCUUUGUCAAGACCAAGAUGACAUGGCAAGUGCUGAGGUUUUAACUGGGUUGUUGAAGCAGUCAAAAUUUCUUAAAUAUAAAGUUUAUGCAUCACUCAUUGGCUUAUCUGAGGAUACCAUUGGUGAAGGUGAAUUGUCAAGCAAGAUUGAUACAACAGAUAGAACUGAUGAUAUCAUCAAUAGUGAAAAAGUGGAUGAUGACUCUCAGAUGUUGUUCAACCAAGUGGAGAGUAGUUUUUGAUACUUUAUUUCUUUUUCUUUUCACUAGGGGAAAUUGCGUUGCUAGGAACAUGAGGAAAUUUGUGUGUCAAAGAUGAUCUUAUUCAAGUUUCAUGGCUUCCUAUGCCUUAUCAUGACAGUUAUGAAGUGCUAGCUGUUGUUUUCAACUGCAAAAUUUUGGAAUUUUUAUACUAGUUUUGAACAAUGACGUGUGAUGUUUUGCUUCUAAUUGGAAUUGCCACUGCA